GCUCCUUACCCACAGCCUCCCAGGCACAGCCCUCCCUCUGCCUCUCCUGCAGCAGGCUCAUUGACUCCUGCCGAGAUGUCCUGCCAGCAGAGCCAGAAGCAGUGCCAGCCGCCUCCCAAGUGCCCCUCACCCAAGUGCCCCCCGAAGAGCACAGCACAGUGUCUGCCUGCAGCCUCCUCCUGCUGUGCUACAAGCUCUGGGGGCUGCAGUGGCCUUGGCGGCUCUGAGGGCGGCUGCUGCCUGAGCCACCACAGGCGCAGGUCCCACCGAUGCAGGCGCCGGAGCUCCAGUUCCUGUGACCGUGGCAGUGGUCAGCAGUCCGGGUCCUCUGGCUGUGGCCACAGCUCUGGGGGCUGCUGCUGACCU